CUACCCCGAGCACUGGGUUGCUGAUCCAGCUAUGGAGAAAGCCGCAGGUAGGAGGCCAGGAGAAAUCCUCUGCAGGGGACUUUGGGACAGGCAAGGGGCCGACUUGGAGGCUGAAGCUUUGGGACCAGGGCACACUUGAUUUUGGGGCUUGGAGCCCUGAGGCAGUUUAUGCCAAUGGAAGAGGCACAUCUGGGGAGAAGAAUGUGACUCUCCUCCUCUCACCCACUUCUUUGCCCAGUAGAUCUGCAGGACACAGCCUCGUUAACUCUGAAGUUUAAGUUUAACCCAAAGCUGGGCAUUGAUAAUCCUGUCCUCUCCCUGGCCGAAGACCACAACCCCUAUGGUAACUCCCUCACCCCCUGGCAACCAUUCCCUUUCCCUGGAGGCACCACAGCUCCACACGGCCUCCGAUCUCCUUGGUAACCACUCGCUCGGUCUCCCUCUGAUAACAGCCUUGGUUGGGGGUAGAGAUAGGAGGGGCCAGGCGUUUUCUCCUGUUCCAGUCCCUCUGUCCACGAACCCCACCACCCAACACCCAACCAGGCAGAAACUGCCCAGCGCCCUAUCAGGACACAGGGUCUGCCAGGCACAUGGCGAACCUGUACUUGGGCUGUGCCCUCUCCUCCCCCUUUUCCGCUGCCCACCUCACCCUCCAGAUCCCUGGAGCCUGGAGCGGCCUCGCUUCUGUUUACUGAGCAAAGAGGAGGGCAAGAGUUUUGGCUUCCACCUGCAGCAGGAGCUGGGCAGGGCUGGGCAUGUGGUGUGCAGGGUGGACCCAGGCACCUCUGCCCAGCGCCAGGGUCUUCAGGAAGGAGACAGGAUCCUGGCGGUGAACAACGAUGUUGUGGAACACGAAGACUAUGCGGUGGUGGUACGCCGCAUCCGGGCCAGCAGCCCUCGUGUGUUGCUGACAGUAUUGGCACGGCAUGCACAUGACGUGGCCCGAGCUCAGCUGGGAGAAGAUGCCCACCUCUGUCCCACCCUAGGCCCAGGGGUCCGGCCCCGGCUGUGCCACAUAGUGAAAGAUGAGGGUGGUUUUGGCUUCAGUGUCACCCAUGGCAAUCAGGGUCUUUUCUGGUUGGUGCUAAGUACCGGAGGAGCAGCUGAGCGGGCAGGGGUGCCCCCCGGGGCCCGGCUGCUGGAAGUGAAUGGGGUCAGUGUGGAGAAGUUCACUCACAACCAACUCACCAGGAAGCUUUGGCAGAGUGGACAGCAGGUGACCUUGCUGGUGGCAGGGCCAGAGGUGGAGGAACAGUGUCGCCAGCUGGGAUUGCCCCUGGCUGCACCCCUGGCAGAGGGCUGGGCACUGCCCACCAAGCCCCGCUGUCUGCACCUAGAGAAAGGGCCCCAGGGUUUUGGGUUCCUGCUCCGGGAGGAAAAGGGCCUUGACGGUCGCCCUGGACAGUUCCUGUGGGAGGUGGACCCGGGACUGCCAGCCAAGAAGGCUGGGAUGCAGGCUGGGGACCGGCUGGUGGCUGUGGCUGGGGAGAGCGUGGAGGGGCUGGGCCACGAGGAGACAGUGUCCAGGAUCCAGGCGCAGGGCUCCUGUGUCUCCCUCACUGUCGUCGACCCUGAGGCUGACCGCUUCUUUAGCAUGGUUCGCCUAUCCCCACUCCUCUUCUCGGAGAACACAGAGGCUCCCGCCUCGCCCCAGGGCAGCAGCUCAACCUCACUGGUUGAGACAGAGAACCCUUCACUUGAAGACACAAGCGUGCCUUCUGUCCCUCUUGGCUCCCGACAGUGCUUCCUGUACCCUGGGCCUGGUGGCAGCUAUGGCUUCCGACUCAGUUGUGUGGCCAGUGGGCCUCGUCUCUUUAUCUCCCAGGUGACUCCAGGAGGCUCAGCUGCCCGGGCUGGGUUGCAAGUGGGAGAUGUGAUUCUGGAAGUGAACGGGUAUCCUGUUGGGGGACAGAAUGACCUGGACAGGCUUCAGCAGCUGCCUGAGGCUGAGCCACCCCUCUGCCUGAAGCUGGCAGUCAGGUCUCUGUGGGGCUUGGAAGCCUGGAUUCCCCCUGGGGCUGCAGAGGACUGGGCUCUGGCCUCGGAUCAGCUGUAGAGCACCCCUGCUUGGUACAGACAUACUCAGGGGCUACCGUGUCUUCACUCUCCAGCCCGAGGUGGUGAAGGCAGGAUGCUCUCUCUAAGCCAGACCAGAGGGACUCAGACACCACCGAUCACAGGCUGGCCCAGGUGCUCCCUCCCUUCCCGCAGGCCCAACUCCCAGCAGAGGGUGUGGUUGGAGUCCCUGAAGGAGUCUGAGGCUCCAGAGGAUGUCAUAUGGGAGCUUUGGAGAACUGUGUCCCAAGGAUGAAGGUGUGGCUGUGGGUCUGGCUAGGAUUGAAGCCAUCUGGACCUUUUCUAGAUAUGACUCCAGGACCCUUGAGUGUAAUGCAAAAAUUUGGAGCCCAGCUAUGCCUGCCCUCUGUGGGUGCCUUAGCACUGCGGGAGGGUGGUGCUUGGUUACCGUUGCAUUUGUUAUAGAAAUGGCCGUUCCCCAUAAAUCUGACUGCCUGUGUUUGUGUUGGUGGGGGUAAGGGGCAGUGGCGUGAAGGGACAAAAAGGGCCUCAGGCUCAAGGGGUGGGAUGCGGCUCCUGCAGGAGAGAGGUUGAGACCUGGUCAAAUUUCUUUCCUAUCACUGAAUCUCAGGGAUAAUGGGCCAACCCAGAACUGAGAUGUCUGCAUGAGAGCCACUCCUAAAAAUAAACAACAACA